UAUUCCCCAACAAAAUCAUCCACAAUAAGAUGAGUAUUCCCCAACAAAAUCAUUCCGGAGAUAAAUGGUUAAAGCAUAUGAAAGGUAGCAUAAGUUUAACAGCUUCCAUAAUCGCAACUAUGACAUUUUCACUUGCCACUAAUCCACCUGGUGGCGUUGUGCAAGUUAGUGUUGGUGAUAGAACCGUUGUUCCACAUAAUCCCACAAUAUGCGCAGGAGAAGCUAUCUUAGCUACUUAUAAUGAUGAAUAUUUAAGAUUUUUGAUAUGCAAUACAAUUUGUUUCAUUGCAUCACUUAGUGUUAUUCUCUUGCUUGUUAGUGGAAUUCCUAUCAACAAUAAAUUUUCAAUGUGGCUUUUAUCAAUAGGCAUGUCUAUCGUAAUCACAAGCCUUGCUCUUACCUACUUGUAUGCUGCAAACAUGGUCACUCCAACUCAUUUGGAGUUCUCUUCAGGGACUGGGUUUGGUGUUGCUCUUAUUGUUUGGGUUUGGAUUGCCAUAGUUUUACUUGUUUAUAUCAUUCUCGUGGUUUGCACCUGUGUGAGCUGUUGUAGAAAAUGUUGCUCGUAGUUGUGUUAUGAUACUCCCUUAGGUUUAAACUAUAAGAGAAAGUUAGUUUUUAGGUUCAUUUCAAUAAAUAAUGUAUUUAGUUCUUAAUAUACUAAAUGUAUCAUUUAUAGAAUGAAUCUAAAAAGUAAAUGUUAUUUUUUAAUUAAGACCGCAGUAGUACUUGUUUGGUUACCUCAUUUGAUAUGGUGGAAUAAAUGGCAGAAACUAGAAACUAGAGUCCUGGUGCAACGCAAGUGGUUAGUGUGUAAUAUGUAAGACUAUUGUUGGGUUUAAAGUUGAUUCCAUGUGUUAAAAUAUUGGCGGAAAGUUCCUAGCUUUUUGAUGUUAUGUAUUGGCAAGCAUGUACUAAUCAUGUGCAAACUUGCAUAUUAUAAGAA